AAAAAAUCGCGGCUGCCGCGGUUUGUUCACGCGAUUGUUCCCCGGUUUCCGCACCAAAAAUGAGCACAAACACUCGAUUCUUGCUGAGGAUUCCCAUCCGGUAUUACACUUCUCGAGCUCAACGGAGGGUCCUUGGUCAGGAUCAAUCGAAAAUUCCAACACAUGAGCUCCCGAUUUCCAAAACAACCGACAGUCGGGUUUACGUUUGGGGCCUGGCCGCAACCGGUGCCCUAGGACUUCAGACAUCGAUUAAAAAGCAAGCGAAAGCCUAUGCUGAGUCAGUCCACCAUCCUAGUCGGUUAAACUUUGCAGAAAAUCGGGACAUAACGGAUGUGGCAGCCGGUUACGGGUUCACGGUGUUCGCUGCCAAAUGUCGGCAGGGGCUCAGUCUUUGGGGUACCGGAAUUAAUACGGACUCACAAAUUGGAUUCCACAAGCAUGGUGGAGCUAAGCGGAAACCUUUUGAACUGUUGAUCUAUCCGGUUCCGGUGGAAUUUACGGCAGUCGAGGGAAACGACGCGAAGGUUCAAAUAGUUCGGGUGGCCGCUGGAAGGGCUCAUCAGUUGGCACUGGCCGAGGAUGGCACCGUUUAUGCUUUGGGCAACAAUGCCUACGGGCAGUGUGGCCGGGAAAUAACCAAAGAUGAGGACUACUUCAAUAAUCCCAUCAUAAAUCGGAUACGAGGGUUGUCCGGGGAUGAAGAUGAUCCGGUUGUAGACGUAAGUUGUGGUCAGGAUCAUAGUUUAUUUUUGACCAAAUCUGGUAAACUUUUCUCGUGUGGUUGGAGCGAUGAUGGUCAAACUGGUCAAGGUUGUUACGGACUAGUCAGUACUCCUGGCCUGGUGCUAGGAGAUGUGAAAGGCGAAAGAAUCGUCAAAGUUACCGGGUGUUCUGACACGGUUUUGGCUUUGAAUGAUAAAGGUGAAGUUUUCGGUUGGGGUAUCACCGAAUAUGGCCAGCUGUUGACAGAAAGUGACGCUAAUCCUCAAAUCAACACCCCAAAGCAUUUAGCAUUUUUGAAAGGUUGCGGAAAAAUAGUUGACAUCGCUGCUGGAGGCUCGUUUUGUUUAGUUCUUAACGAAAACGGCGACGUUUUCAUCUGGGGCUACGGCAUCUUGGGAUUCGGCCCAGAAGUUCGACAUCAAGCAACUCCAAAACAAAUUCCAGCAACCCUCUUCGGAAGGAACGAUUUCAAUCCGAAUCUGAAGGUGCGGUCCAUCUGUGCUGGGCUUACGCACUGUGGGGCGAUCAACGAGCAAGACGAUCUGUACAUGUGGGGACACAAUCGAUACGGUUGUCUCGGGUUUGGGCACAAAAAGGAUCAGCUGUUCCCGUUCAAGGUGGCCGUAAGUGCACGGGUGAUGAAGGUUAGCUGCGGGGUCGAUCACUCGGUGGCACUAUGUAAGGCUUUCGUGUAAAGUUACUCUUGCU